UUGCUUGUUUCUCCACAGUGAUGAAAAGCUUUGUGUCAGUCGGCCCGGGCAGGGCUGGGGUUAAAGUUGUUGUUCCUGGCGUUAGCAUUUCCUGGGUCAAAUGUUCGAGCUGUUGUUGACUUGCUCCUGUGCUUGUGAAGGCCCCUGGACAACCGCACUCAGGGCCGACACAUCCUGUCCGUUUACCCUGGUCAAAAGGUGACAUUGCUGCCCGCGGUGGCUGCGAGGUCCAUUGUCCAGCCGUGACUCCACACCAUCAGCUGUGUAUCUCCACGAGUCACCUCCUCGGACGGGCAGCUGCUUUGUCCACUCUCAGGGAGAGGACGUGAGGUGAUGUGUCGGUGACUCUGGCCAAUGCCCCGGUGUGUUGCAAGCCGCCGGUCUCUCCAGCCCAACCAGGACGUGCCAGGAGCUGAGGUCCAGUCGAUGCCAUGGCCUUUGAGGUCAUCCUGGAGGCGGUGGGGGGCAUGGGGAGGUUCCAGGUGGUCCACGUCUUGCUUCUGUCCUUCCCUCUGCUCUUUAUGGCCAGCCACAACCUGCUGCAGAACUUUGUUGCAGCCGUCCCUGACCACCGCUGCCAUCUGGGCCACAACCUCAACGUGACGUGGGGGCCUCUGGUCGGGGACCUUGUGACCCUCUUUGUGCCCGUCGACCAGCAGGGGCGAGCAGACAAGUGCCGUCUCUACGCCGAACCGCAGUGGCACCUCCUGUGGCCCAACGGUACGCAUGGUAACGGGAGUGGGGCGGAGACACAGCCGUGUACUGACGGGUGGGAGUACGACCGCUCCCAGUUCAGUACCACCAUCGUCACCGAGUGGGACCUGGUUUGUGAGCGGCACGCUCUGAGACACCUGGUGCAGUCUCUCUACAUGGCCGGUGUUCUGGCCGGCUCCGUCGUGUUCGGGAGACUCUCCGACAGGUAUGGCCGGCGCACCUUGCUGCUCUGGUCCCACUUCCAGCUGGCCGUGUCGGGGACCUGUGGAGCGUUCUCCACCUCCUUCCCACUCUUCUGCUUCUGGAGGUUCCUGACCGGAAUGGCGCUGUCGGGGAUCAGUCUCAACACCCUGUGCCUGUGUCUGGAGUGGAUCCCCACCAAAAUCCGUACGUCUGUCGCCACCAUCUGCAGCUACACGUACACAGCUGGCCAGCUGUUGCUGCCCGGAGUCGCCUACCUCAUCCGUGACUACCACUGGCUACAACUGGCCAUCACUCUCCCGUCGUUCCUCUGCUUCCUGUACUCUUGGUGGUUCCCUGAAUCGGCCCGCUGGCUGGUGAUGAGGAACAAGCCCGAGGAGGCCCUGAAACAUCUCAAACGAGUGGCCAAUCUCAAUGGCCGUGGCCAGCAGGGUGGGGAGCUGACCGUCGCUAUGGUAGAGUGCCACAUGCAGGCGGAGCUGAGGAGCAGCAAGGAGAGCUUUGGUGUGUUGGAUCUGUUCAAGACGCCCGUCCUACGGAGAACAACCUUCUGCACCGCACUGGUCUGGUUCUCCACCAGCUUCUGCUACUAUGGCCUGGCCAUUGACCUGCAGGGCUUUGGGGUGGACGCCUACCUGAUCCAGCUGAUCUUCGGGGCGGUGGACAUCCCGGCCAAGCUGGUGGGCUUCUGCACCAUGAGCUACAUCGGACGCAGGUUUUCCCAGGCCUCCUCCCUGAUCAUGGCCGGCGUGGUCAUCCUCAUCAACAUCUUCAUCCCUGAAGAGCUGCGGGCCUUGCGUACCGGCUUUGCCGCCUUUGGGAAGGGCUGUCUGUCCGCGGCCUUUGCCUGCUGCUUCCUCCAUGCCGGCGAACUCUACCCCACCGUCAUCAGGCAGACCGGGGUGGGUCUGGUCAACACCAUUGCUCGGGUCGGGGCCAUGGUGGCCCCGCUGGUCAGGCUGGCCGCUGACCAGCUGCCCUUCCUCCCAAUGGCCAUCUACGGAGCGAUGGCCCUCAUCGCCGGUGCUUCCGCCUGCUGGCUUCCAGAGACGCUCAACAGACCGCUCCCUGACACCGUCGAGGAGGUGGAGAACAGAGCAAGGCAAGAAAUGAUGCAGAAGAGGGAGUUGGCUGAACCACAGGGAACACAGAUCCCAAUGAUGGAGCAGAGCGUCUGAUCAAAGAUCAUGAUCCUCCACCAUCUUCACCCACCGGCAGUACAGACUUGAAGGGCCAAAUGGCCUUUUCCUGCUAUUGUUUCUUGUGAACUUUUCCAGCUUGACCUAAGUGUUUUUAUGAUGUUGGAUGAUUAGUUUAACUUAGUUGAGUUGAGUUGAGUUUAGUUUAGAGAUACAGCGCGGAAACAGGCCCUUCGGCCCACUGAGUCCGCGCCGACCAGCGAUCCCCCCCAC